UCAAGAUAGUGGUACAUGGUAUGAGUCCGACCACGUCAUGUUUGCCUCAGACAAACAUGGAGGGCUUAAGACAUCUUUCCAUUCUUCUGUCGAUUGCCUAUUCCACGUGUGGUAGAAAUGUCUCUCUGAGUAUCGCCUUCACGUCUGUUACCACUGACAACCUGACGAACUCCAUUAGGUUCUACACUGAGAUUCUGGGUGGGAUGCUGGCCCCAGAGUUAAUGUUCCGCUACUCUGGAAACCAACAUCACAACAUGAUGUUCCAGAAGGAGAUCCUCCAAGCCCGACAGGGCAAGGUGGCACCAGCGGUCUUCGGGGUCCCGGACAUCAGCGAUAAUGGGACAUACGAGGUUGUCGGGGCCUUCAUUUUCUUUGACAAUGGACUGAUACAGCUGGUCCAGUUUGUAGACAAGGAGUGUCCAGAAAAAAGUUUUGUUGUGAGGGACCAACGCUCGAGUCCUGCCGUUGUCCCAAAUGGGCAUGUAGAUAUUUGGGUGAAGUCCACGGUGGACCUCAACAUGUACGUGCAUGCCUUGGAAACCCGAGCCCGCCAGCUUGAAUUCAAUCAAGUGAUGGCAAACAGACCAGUCACAGUGCACAGCGAGGCUGAAAGAGAACGGGUCGCAAUCAAAAACUACACCAUGCCCCUAAAUGCCACAGAUCAAUCAAUGCAGUGGGCAUACUUUAAAGGCCCGUCAGGUGAACAACUGGAAUUAAACAGGAUGGCAGGGGAUGUGUUGUUAGAUACUGGUAAGGAGUAUUGCAAGAGGAAGGCCGUCAGCACAGCGUUUCUGGACAAACCACAUCCUGACAAUAAGUGGAAGGUACGAGCUGGGCUUACUGGACAAAACUAUGGGCUCUUCCAGCACGGGACGAGAACUAGGAGCCUAUUUGGUUCGGCUGAUUUUUAUACCGAAAUACUAGGAGGAUCUCUGGGGAAUAAUGGAGACGCUGGUUUCUAUGGUGAUGACGACCAAAACAUGUUGGUCCAAAAAGAGAUGCUACAGGCAGAGGAAUGGCACGUUGACUAUCAGAGUCUGGGCAUUCCUAACAUCACACUCUCUGGGAACAUGAGCCUCGCUCUGAGAUUCAGCUACUUUGACAACUAUGUGAUUGAGAUGCUUCAGUAUGACACAGGCAGAAAUUACAGCUACCCGAAGUUUAAUCCUACAUUCAACCUCAGCACACCAGCUCUGAUCAACAACAUGCGGAUCACCUUCCUAUUGCCAGAGUCAGUUGAUAUGAAUUCCUAUUUAAGAGAUGUGGAACAGAGGUCGGCUGCCCGUGGAUUUCCACAGGUUAAAGGAAACAGGGCCGUUGAUGUGAACACUCUCGGUCAGCAGGUUCCCUUAGAGGACUACAGCGUCACCUUCACUGAAGGAGCACUCCAGGGACUCCGAUACUCCUAUCUGAAAGGUCCUUCUGGAGAGCAGGUGUCAUUUGUGCAGUUUUCUGGCCCAUCUUCUGAGAAGCUGAAGAACGCCCUCUUGCGGUACAAUGCUGUCAGUACUGCCUUCCCAGAAACCAAUCCCUGGAACAGAGGCGGAUAUGACGAGUAUUGUUCACAGUUCCCACCGACACCACAGCAUCGACUUUGAACUGCAGAGUCACAAUGACACUUACAUCUUUUCUUACAUAUUUUCUUUGUUUGAUUUAAUUACAUAUUAUACUUGUACUGUAAGUUAGUUGCGUGUUAACUCAUAAUCUGUUUUAUAGCUGCGUUCCCACAGUUACCCAACCCUUUCUGUAUAAUAACUUAGGUAAAUGUUCAAUGUAAAUGAGUUCCAUUCACUUUAUAUAUGUUUGGAAACUAAGAAUACGAAAAGAGUUUCUCCCUUUUUUUUAUUUGUUGUUUUAUUGUUUAUAUGUUGUGAAUUAAAUGUUCCGGAGCGAU